AAUAAUAAUAAUAUAAAUGGUGAAUAUAGAAAUCAUACAGUUAAAUAAAAAGUCAAAUUAUAAUUUGUUUUUUUUUUUCAAUAAAAUUAUAAGAAUAAUGGCCUUUAGUGGUGACGCACGUCGCCACUAAAGGAGCAAAAUGUCGUCGCUAAAUUGUCAUCGUUAUUGGCUCAUUGCUAAUGCUCAAAUUGUCGCCACUAAUGUUUUGCAUUGCCGUUAAUGCCCCGUCGUCACUACUAUUAUACGUGACCACUAGUGCCCUAUCGCCACUAAUUGUUGUUAUCUUUUUAGUUUUUAUGAAACCGUUCAUUUCUAAUACAAAACAAAUGUUAUAAUAAUAUAAAAAAAACUGCUAAUGAAUAUUAAUUGUAGCAAAACUAAAAGUUAUUAUUAUUAUUAUUUAUAAAAACAUUCUAAAAUAUCGUUAAUGUGGAAGGAGAUAAAUGUCAUUGAUGAGCUAAAAUCGUCGCUUGGGCUGGGCUUCCGGCAGUAUGGAAGGAGAAGAACACCGUUUGUCUGUGAAAUUGCAAUGAUCUCGACCGUGGUGAUCAUAGAGAACGAGGGAAAUACAGAUCAACCGGUAAAGAAACUGAAGACGAAGAGGGGUUUAUUGUUGACGACUCUUAGUGGCGACGCCCUUUAGCGGCAACGUCUUCUCAUUUGCGGCGACAUACCGGAGGAAGACAACACGGAGUUUCCUACUUCUUUUCCGAUUAGGGCUUUGAGGUUUAGGCGCUUCCAGUUUCACUUCUGCAUAAACCAGGCUAAUGAGUCCGAUUAUGUAUGACGAUUUACUUCCAAACGCUCUGCGUUAUAACACUUUUCUUCUUGAAAUUGAUUUGCGUGUCUGCAUAAUUGUGAGUGUUGAACCCUAAUUGAAGAAAAAAAAUGAGUUGGAGAAGUAAGAAUGAAGAUAGGCUUAGCUCUUUGCCUGAAGAGAUUCUUUCACAUAUACUCUCUUUAAUGCCUACAAGUUUUGCUGUGCGAACUAGCCUUUUAUCCAAAAGAUGGAAAUACUGUUGGAGGUUGAUCACAAACCUUGACUUGAACGAUUAUUACCUUGGGUUUGAUUUCAAAUGCUUCUCAAAAUAUGUGGAUCAGGUAUUGGAGCAUUGCAAAGCAUCACAACUUAAAUCAUUCAAGUUAGGUCUUUUUCGUACUUCAGUGCAAAAGUCAGAUGUUGCAAAGUGGAUUAAUGAGGCAAUUAGGUUAAAUGUUAGUGAGGUUGACAUACAAGUUAGGAAAUUUGGUUUGCCUCUCAGCCUGUUUACUUGCAAGACACUUACAAAAUUAAGAUUAGUUGGGAGUUUUGAUGAUUCAGAUGUUUUUAAUGGUGAGUCUCCAGUUGUGAUGCUUCCUGGUUUGCAAACUCUUGAUCUCAAUGUUUCUAGGAUAUCUUGUGUCAACUUAUUCAGAUUCAUCCAUGGCUGCCCAGUACUUGAAAGCUUAUCUCUGGAGAUAUUAUGGCCUGAUGAUGAAGUAGACUACAAUUUCAACAUCCCUACUUUGAAGCGAUUGGAAUUAAGAAUGAGUAGUUUAUAUACCAGCAAAGUUGUUUUAAAUGUCCCUAAUCUUGAAUACCUUUUUGCUGGUGGGUACAUCUGCCCAGAUUUUGUGAUGGAAGAUUUGUCGUCUUUGGUUGAGGCAACUGUUUUUUUUAAUGGUGGUUUAACAGAUUAUCGUCAGAAGGUUGAGCUUCUAAAAGGAUUAAGUGGAGUUAAAUCACUUUCUUUGUUCACUUCAACUCUUAAUGAAUUUGUACAUUCACAUUUGCCCAAGUUUCUCAAUUUGAAGCAUUUGGAUUUGAAGGAUUCUUAUUUCAAAUCUCCAUGGAUCUUAGUUACUCAAAUUCUUGAAAGCUCUCCUGAGUUGGAGCAUUUAUGUUUUGAGGAGCCGGAAGAUAAUGGCUGGAUUGAGCCUGAGUCAGUUCCCACUUGUAUGCUUUCACACCUUAGAACCAUGAAAAUUACAAAGUGCCAGGGGCGAAAGUGUGAUAUACAGUUCCUUGAAUACAUAUUGGGGAAUUCAGAGGUUUUGAAGACAAUAACAAUCAUAUGUGGAAGUAUGCGCAUGAAGGAUGAAAUGGAAAUGUGUGCACGCUUAUUAAAGUUUCCAAGAGCUUCUAGGUUUUGUGAGAUUCAUUUUUUUGGGAAAUGGCUUAAUUCUUCUACGGGGUAACUAGAAGAAUAAUUUUUAGUUAAUUUUUUGCUUGUGCUUUGGUUAUCUUAACCUUUCUAUCUUUCAGCAAUAAUCAUAUCAACUAUUCUCCGACAUCAACUUUUACCAUGUUUUCUUGUAAAUUUAAUUACUUGUAUAUGCUUUCCCCUC